AGUCAGUUUGUAGUUCGGCUUUGCGCCGGGACGGUCGUGUCGGUUUUUCACUGCGUCGUUGCUACGCUUGCCAGUGUUUGCAAUACGUUCGUCGCCUGCUGGGAUUUGUACGUCGUUCGCGUCUCGUCGAUACUUGGGGUUUAUUCUUCGAUCUGGUGGUCGCACGUGAUUUGGCGUUUGGCGGGACUGGCGGACGGGUUUCUUCUCCGGAUUUUUUUCUUCGGUUCAUUGUAGUGCAUGGUGCGGUGUUCUGUUUUGGCUCCGUGCUCCGUUUGAGCUGGGCCUUAAUGGGUGAUCAUUUUUCCCACCGCUCCACCGCCGCACCCCGAUAGAGUGCGCGAACGUUGUUGGCCGGGGCCGCAAUCUUCAUCAAUUUUGUAGUCUCAUCUUCAUUUCGGGAAUCUACGUUCUUUUUUGGGAUAAAUGUGUAUCGGGAACAUCGGUGCAGAGCCGCGCGGGUAUCUGGUGGCGUUGAGGUGCUUGGAUUGAUUCCCCCGAAGCCGGAAAGCCGUAUGUGCGUGUAGUUUUUGGGUAAAUAUUUUGGUUCAGCAUCUCCAUUAGAGUGAGCAGCGCUCGCGGGGUCUUUAAGAAUAAUUGCCGGGUACUGUCGGAUUGAGGAAGCUGGCCAAUUGGAAACCGGCUGAAAGCGUUCAUCAAUGAAUUAGAAGAUACUCUACCGAUGAGUUCGAAUCGAUAAACGAGUUCUGAGAAGAGAAUCAAAAUAUCAAAAUCAGUGAAUUUGGGUGCAGGUUUAGGAGAUAUCUAUUGGUAAAACCCCCUUGAGGUAGUAAUUUGCUAAGAAAUUGUGAAGCCUGGUGCAUUAGAAGAUUUCUCCAGAUAUACAUAAAAAUUAAGCAGUGCAAAUCCGGAUGCAGAAAGAAGUAAAAUACGUAACCAAGUUGAAAAGACCCCGCCAAAUUGAUGAGGUCGUUAUAGUGAUAAGUGAAAAGCGUUAAACCAAAUUUAGAUUUUAAACCUACCGAUGUAGAAAAUGUAUGAAGUGUAAAAGAUUCAAUUUCGUAUAGUGGUUUCAAGGAUACUUAAACAGGUGACUUUCAUCAUCCUGGCGUUUUUUGAACGAGUCGACAUGAUUUCGUCAACACUAAAAGUGCACACACUGCUGCUGCUGCUGGUGGUAACGCUAGCAUGGGGCGGCGAUCUAGUUCGGGCAGAUGAGAACCUGGACACCCGGGAAGGGGAAACGCUAACGCUGAAGUGCCGAUUCAGCGAGCAGCAAUCGUCGAGCGAUUUCACGUACUACUGGGCCCGGUGGUCGACGCACAAGUUCGACAAUGUCGCCAUCAACAACGUGCAGCUGAACACCAACUACAGAAUCGACUUCCGGCCCGAGAAAGGUGUCUACGACCUGCACAUCUCCAACACUUCAUACAGCCGGGAUAACGGACGGUUCGAAUGCCGGAUAAAGGCCAGCGGAACCGGUGCCGAUGUACACCAAGAGUACUAUAAUCUGACUGUGUUGACGCCCCCGCAGCCACCUCUGGUAGCGCCCGGGUCAAUUGCUGUCGCCACUGAAGACAAGAAGCUAGAUCUGACCUGCAGCAGCAUCGGCGGCUCACCGGAUCCAACGAUAACAUGGUAUCGUGUGGGUUCCAACACGCCCGAACAGGCCCCGAUAAAUAGGGGUCUCUCGAAAGAUAAACCCACAACUAGUACGGUUUCGGUUACUCCCAGACGGGAAGAUGACGGAGCCAAGUACCGGUGUGUGGUGUGGAACAGAGCCAUGCCCGAGGGCCAUCGUCUGGAGACGAUUGUGACGCUAUCCGUAAACUACUACCCCCGAGUUAGAAUAGGACCGGAGAACCCUCUCCGGAUAGAACGGGACACCACGGCCAAGCUCGAGUGUGCCGUAGAUGCAAAACCAAAUGUCCCCAAUGUGCGGUGGACGCGAAACGGGCGAUUUGUCAGCUCCACUCGGACCCACGUGAUCCAGCGGGUUUCAGUCCAAGAUGCUGGCGAAUACGGCUGCUCGGCUGAUAAUGGUCUGGGAAAAGUUGGAGAGCAAAUUAUUAAUUUGGAUGUGCUCUACGCUCCAGUGGUAGUUAUUGAAUCCAAAACAUGGGAAGCUGAAGAGCGAGAAACCGUCACUAUUAGGUGUAAUGUUACGUCCAAUCCUCCUCCGAUAUCUAUUGAGUGGUUUAAAGAAGGAACGCCAGAUUUUCGGUAUGCUGGAGAUAUUCUUCAACUGCGAGAAGUCAAAGCGGAGCAUGCUGGAACCUACAUUUGCCGGGCUGUUAACAUGAUCAAACCCUACGGAGGGAAAAUGGUUGAACGUAUCGGAAACUCUACGGUGGCUCUUCUUGUCCGUCAUCGACCUGGACAGGCCUACAUCAAUCCUAAUAAACCGGUUGUCCACGUAGGCAGUGGUGUCACACUAACAUGUUCCGCAAAUCCGCCAGGCUGGCCCGUUCCACAGUUCCGGUGGUUCAAGGACGCGAUCGGAGAAGUAUCAUCCAAUACGAUUUUAGCUCAAGGCCCUCAAUAUGUUAUUCCAAGAGCACAUCUAGGCAGUGAAGGCAGUUAUCAUUGUCAUGCAGUGAACGAACUUGGUCACGGUCCUAUGGCUACCAUAAAACUAGAAGUUCAUCAACCUCCUCAAUUCGUAGGAAAAAUGCAACAACACAUGACUAAACGGGUUGGUGAUAGUGACUUCUCCGUCAGCUGUCACGCGAAAGGCAAACCGCGUCCCGUUGUCCGGUGGUUGAAGGACGGACGCGAUAUCACAACCGAUGCAAACAUGUACCGUCUCAGCACCAGUAACAAUGAUGGCCCAAGUGGUAUUGUCACCGUCCAGAGUAUGCUCGUGUUCCAGGGUAAAGCAAGACCCCACAAAACACAACUUCUUCCCAGUGAUCGAGGAAUGUACACAUGUCUUUUCGAGAAUGAAGUCAGUGUUGCCAAUGCCACAAUGCAUCUUCGAAUAGAACAUGGUCCCAUAGUCCUGCACCAGUACAACAAAGUAGCCUAUGAAAUAAAGGAAAAUGCCGAAGUAAUAUGUCGGGUUCAAGCCUACCCAAAACCAGAAUUCCAGUGGCACUUUGGAACUAAUACUGCGGCACUAUCAAUGUCUUCGGACGGUCACUAUGAAAUUAACACAACCACCGAUAACAAUGACAUCUACACAAGCGUUCUUCGGAUAAACAACCUCAAACACCUAGAUUACGGAGACUACACUUGCCGCGUUGGCAAUUCAAUCGAAACCAUCCGAACUCCAAUACGACUCCAACCUAAAGGAGCUCCAGAAAAGCCCACCAAUUUACACGCUGCCGACGUUGGCUCCAACUACGUCUCAUUAGUCUGGGAUCCCGGCUUUGACGGAGGCAUCAGCAACACCAAAUUCUUCGUUUCAUAUCGCAAGGUCGCCAUUCCGCAUCACGAUCAACUGAACGGCGAUUGUGGCGUCAUUCAACAGGUUUCCUCCGAGUGGAUGGAGUUCGACUGUCAACGGGACGUACCCUGCAGUGUUACCCCGUUAGAUCAACACCAAAGCUACGUAUUCAAAGUGAAAGCGUUCAACGCCAAAGGAAACUCGGAACCUUCAAAUGAAAUCGCCACAACUACCAAAGUUAGCAAAGUACCCAUUCCGCUGCACGUAGGAUUUGAUCCGGAAACUCGACAGCUAGGCGUGAAUAUCGGAGCCACCUGUCUGUCGCUAAUAGCGAUCGUCGAAUCUAUCGGGUAUCACGAUAGUCCCAUCUCGACAUGGCAGGUGGUCCAAUCGAUACCACUAGCGGUAUCCGGCAGUAGACCUACCUUCAAGGAAGAAAUACUGGACAAUAUGAUUUCGGCUCGAAGGAGUAGUGCCCGUUCACUGGGCGACGACGAUCUACCGAUGGCUCUGGAGGAAGAGAUCCCACCACGAGUUCGCGUCAAGCUGUGUCUCAAGUCGAACCACGAACAUUGCGGCGAAUAUGUGGACGCUGAAAUUGGUCCUGCCUAUAUCCAUGAUUCCGAGUUCAUGGCUACACCCACGUUGAUAGCGAUUGUCGUAUCCUGUGUAGUGUUUGCCCUCUUCGUCGGACUUCUGCUUAUGUUCUGUCGCUGCAAACGAAAUCACAGCAAAAAGUCGUCCUCUUCAGCCAAAGACUACGAAAUGGACUCCGUCCGGCCAUCGAUAGUGGCCCAGCAGAGUCAGGCGCCACCACCUUACUACCCAACGACGGGGCUGGACAACAAAGCUCUGGAACACUCGAUGGAUCUGGCUCUGGCCAUGGAAGAUCAGAAAAGCACGGUCUAUGCGACUCAAAAUGGCUACGGAUAUCACACGGGGACAAGUAUCCAGCCGAAUCACACCAUGGUCGGUCAGGAAUGGGUCACGAUGGGAUACGCGGAAAACAGCUACAGCAACUCAAACAACGGCGGAAGCGUCAACUCGCAGGAUUCGAUCUGGCAGCUGAAAAUGUCGGCAGCCCAGGCAGCAGCAGCAGCGGCCGCCUCCAGCAACGGAACCCUCCUUUCGACGACCCAGCUGUACGCCGAACGGUCCCCAGUGACGGCAACGGCCACUUCCAGCUACGGUUACGAUCCCCUGUCCCCCCACCAAGGCACGGCCGUGUACGGAACGGCUGAAGAUUACGGCGGAUAUCCGCAUCUGACGACGUCCACACCGAGCCAACAACAUCAUCAGCAGCACCAGCAACAGCAGCAGCAUCAUCACAUGGGCCUGGGACUGGCCACGGUCGAUGAGGACGAGUACCAGCACGCCCUGCGGCAAAGUCAAAAUCCCUCCCGGACGGAUUACUGUGGCGAUUCGUACGCCUCUGUACAUAAGCCCAAAAAACGAUUAGAUCAUAUAGACUCCUCAUCAUAUCACGACGUAAGUGGACUGCCAGACCCCUACCUAGAAAGCCAUCUACACCACCACCUUCAGCAACAACAACAGCAGCAGCAGCACCAGCUGGACCAAGAGGACAGCCAAUCGUUAUUGCACCAACAACAACAGCAGCAGCAGACGGCCCAAGCACAGCAGCAACAGAUGUCACUACAAAACACCUUCGAUGAAAACAUGGAGAGCGGCUACUCGACGCCCAACUCGCGAAAUCGACGCGUCAUACGAGAGAUCAUUGUCUGAGAUCAGCCUAGGGUACGUUUCGCUGCUGAUAACAGCAACAGCGGAACGUGCCUGUGAAUCGAUCCUACCUAACUAAGUGAGUGUGUGUCAUCAAACUGCCCCACGGCCUAGGAAGGGGGAUUAAAUACUUCGGAGAAGAGAUAACAGUUUCCCCUGCUUCCGAAAGGGCAGUGUGCUGGGAGAGUUCCUCUUAGGUGAAUAUCUUAGUACGUACUACUAACUAGGCGAUAGGAGAGAGGUAACUACUAGGAACUACCAAAUACCGCCUGAAUCAAUACAGAACUGUUGGUUGCUACAACUGGCGUAAUCGAGGGGGAAACAAAACUUUGGAUGAAGGAACGUUUGGUCUGAGAAACACUUUUAGCGAAUCUGUGCCUUAAGUCAUUACGUAUAUCCUUUCAACCUAAAAAAACUGAAGUUCAACCAUGAAUAUGUUUAAAACAACUAUUGUAAAAAUAUUGUCCAAAAAAUGUUUCACCGUCCCUCCGUUUUUUUUUCGAACGUUUGAUGUCUUAACGAACGUAUUGGAGCAUGUUUCCUGUUCUCCGUGAAGAAAGGUGCCAACAUGCAUCCCCAGCACUAGUGGCUCUCAGAUUUUUUAAUUACUAAAAGUGCAACCCCUUCUUCUGAGGAUCAAUUGAAAACGUGAUACAUCUGUUCACAGGGAAAAAAAAAACUUGUAACACGAGCACAAUCAAUUGAAAAGCGCUACAAUGGUCAGCAUGAUUAAUGUUUCAAAUUAACUCAGAAAAUAUUUUCCACUCUUAAUCUGUUUUAUCUACUUUCGCCCAGGUGUGAACUUAUUAAAAAUUUAUGGUUGAUUCAUCCUCCAGCUGGAAACAAAUUUAAUGAAAAAAAAAAUAGCAACACCAACAUGUACGCCAGCCAGCACACUUCACUUGUGCGCAAAAAAAAGGGGUACAUAUUAACAAAAAGUAAAUUUUCCCGGCAAACCAGAGCCAGUCGUUGCUUGGUGGAAAAACAAAUAACAACAUCGUGAUUUUCGAAUUUAAAUGCACCUCUCAUAGUUUACCGAUAUUUGAGAACAAGGGAUGAUAGGUGGAUGUUGGUGGAACAGAUCCAAAAGUGAUUUCGAUCCGUGGACGUGGACCAAACGGAUUCGGUGCGUCCAAAGCUUUUUUUUUCACUUCCCCGUGAGGACGGCAACAACACAAACCAGGCGAAAACGCAUCGUUUGGAUGCGUUUUUAAUACCUACACAUAUACACGUUUAAUUAAAUUGUAUGAUUAUUAUGAUUAUAUAAAAUACGUGCCCUUAAACGAGUUGAAAAAAUAUCGAAACAUAUUCGAUUGCGGAAAAAGAAAUGUGAAUGUAUGAGCUGGCAUUUUUGCGAUAAAAGAAAAACAUCAUCAUGGAUGCGUACGCGAGAUCGGCGAAUCGGUAUGAAAAAUAUUUUAUACAUAAUUAACGGUAUUAUGGAUGACAAUUGCACAAAGGAAAAUUGAGAAACCACAAACACAAAAAAGGACGUUCACUACAAUUCACAACCACAGAAACGGAACUGGAUAUGCCAGAAGAAGAAAAAUGACGAAAGCUCUCAUUCACAUUUUUAAACACUUACUUACACACAAACACACUCAAGAAAAAAAAUGAAAACAAACAAAAAUAGAACACGUAAAAUAGGUAUAUCAAUUUUCGAGACGGUACGAUUUAACAUUUUUACACGUCGUCGCUAAUCUAGGUCAAAGAGGUCUCAACCCGAGAGAAUUAUUUUAAACUAAAACUAAAGCUGUCUGUGUAUAAAAUCAAACUUAAGAGAAAUUAAAUCGAAUUUACGUGGCGCUCGACCGAGGACAGCGCGCUCAUCAGACGGAAAAAUGUAAACAAAUAGUAAGAGAGAAGAGAAAUCCAUUAGUCAUGUUUAUCUCGAAAAAAAAAAAAUAUUUAAUUCCAGUGUAAGUAAUGCAAAUUGUGCAAAACUGUUUAUAACUUUAAACUGAACAAAGAUAAACAAAAAAAUUGUACUAAAAGAAAAAAAACGAAAUAAAUCAGAAGCAUCGCUGUUUCUCUGUAUAUGUAAAUCGUCGUGUGUGUGAUAAAAACUAAUGAACAAAACAAUGCUAUCAAAACAAGAAAAAAAAACAAACGAAAAUUGUAAAAUUUAGCCCGCUAAACUGGGAGCACUGCGUGCUGCCACCUGUUUUCAUUCUAUGCGAUACUCGUUCGCUAUUUACAUCGAACCCACGUGCACUAAAGAAAAUCAUCCAACAUCCCAUAAGUAUAGAAACACAAAGACAGAAACUACAUGACAAAAUGUAUAUCCCUAAUUUUUGGAUUAAGUUCUAACCUUUUGUUCGGACUCAGUCGAUUAGUAGGUACUUAAGACCCGUAAAUCUAUCCCCAAAUUCAAAGAUUUGAACUGAUAGAGAUUCAUAAUCCCGCCGCCAUGACACCUUCGAUUAAUACAACGGAAAUGAAACUUUUUUUUGUUUAACCAGCAUCAGUGGAAACCAACUUUAAUCUAUUCUAUAACUGUUCUCGCUUAGUUCACAAUGUAUCGAAAUUGUAGCCAAAUUCAGGUAUUUGUGUUUUGUAUGUGUAAAGUGAUAUUUGUAUUACUUUGUAACUAUUAUCCUGUUUAUUUUGUGUCAUUAUGUAUAUCGCAUUCAUAUGUAAACGUUGUUGAUGUUUAGUUGGUAAGUUUUAUUCCGUUUUGCGUACAUACUCAAUUUUCAGUAGCGUUAUAGGAUUUUAAAAUGACUUGUUACAAAACCGGAAAGUAUUUGCCAUUUUUUAAGUUACUCAAACAUCCUUUGCUAAGACAUGGUAAUUGCCAAAUUACACGGAUGUAGAUAUUGGAAAACACUGAAAUUCUGAAUUCAUGGAUUUACAGUGUAAUUAUCGCUGUUUAAAGUAAAAAUUCGGUUUCGUUUAUAAAAUAUAAAUUAGAACUACAACUAAAAUUUAGUAUCAUAAAAAAAUCCUAAUCCAGAAACAUAAUUUAGAAUCGGAAUUCAAAAACGGAAUUCAGAAUCGGAAUUCAGAAACGGAAUUCAGAAUCGGAAUUCAGAAACGGAAUUCAGAAUCAAAAAUCGGAAAAGGAAUUCAGAAUCGGAUUUCAGAAACGGAAUUUUGAAACAGAAUUCAGAAUCGGUAUUCAGAAACGGAGUUCAGAAUCGUAAUUCAGAAAUAGAAUUCAGGAUCGGAAUUCAGAUACAGAAUUCAGAAUCAGAAUCAGAGUUCCGAGUCAGAAUUCAAAAUCAGAUUUCAGAAUCAGAAUUUUUCAGAACUGGUAGUCAGAAUUCUUAUUCUGAGUGCAGAAUCGGAAUCAGAAUUGGAAAAUAAGUCAGGAUCGGAAUCAAAAUCAGAUUAGAACUUAAAAUCAUAACUUAAGAAACAGAACAAGUAUUUUUAAAUUUCCGAAUCAGAAGUAUCCAGAUACAGAAAACACGGAAUUCAAAUUAGGAAAAAAUAUUAUUGAAUUGAACGAAAAAUUUCAAAAUUCUGUUGAAGUUUUUCUGAUCGAUCUAUCUAUCCUCAAACUGAUUGGUACUUAACCCUUUUACCAAUGAUUAUUCAAUGUAAUUUGUUAAAACUCAAACUUUCAAAAAUAAAAUUUUCAAAUGAAAAUGCCAAGCGUUUUGAGAAAAAAAAUUAUUGAAAUUUUGUGAUCAAAACAGAUUAACUUAAUUAAAAAAAUAUUUUCGAUUGACGAAAAUGUCUCUUCAAUAAGGAAAGUGUUUCUUAUAUUUUGUUCAUCCGUGUAAUUGAAGCGUCCAUUCUCUAACGCAAACGUUACCCAAGUUUCAAACGAGACUUCUGGGUAGGUAGGUGUAUUGGGAAGCGUUAGCAGUUUCCAUGCGUUUGCUCUCACACCCAGCUUUUAGUUACUCACUCAAUCUUCAAAUCUCUCUCUCCUCAAGCAUGCAAAUUCGAGCCUACUAGGUGGGCGAACAACGAACGGUUGAAAAAUUCGACUAUGCAACGCGACAUCCACCACGUGCUUCCUAACACUUGUUUCGUUAGAAUAUGAUAGGUAUGGUGCAAUUGCAAAAAGAGAAACUCGAAAGCCGAAACGAAUCUUUGUGCUCAGAUUGUGAAUGUACAGUUCAUAUGCUUUAGUGUGUUGGCCGCGCACAACGCGUACUGAUAAUAUUAGAGUUAACCUGAAUUUUCUUAAAAUGAUUUUAGUUUAUUGUUUUACUGAUCUCGCACAAAAGCUAAAUAAAUUGAGAAUAUUUAUAUGCAUUUUAGAACCGUUGUUAACUGUAAUGCACUUCUUAAUGGGUCGCGGAUCAACUGUAUACCGCGGUGCAAUUUAUCUCCGAUUCUUCCAUCGAAAGCUUCUAGGCUAUGUACUUCUAUUGAACCUGUAGAAAAUUCUUCGUCCCAACGGAGAGGAAGAAAAAAACCACCCUUCAGAGAAGUUUUUAGAUAGGCGCCAUCCUUAAAUCAUUUUUAUGUCGAGCCUCGAGAAAACCUUGGAAAAAAAACCGUAAAAAAUAUAUGAAAAAACAGGCUUCGGCAAUAAAAAAAAUGAACGACAGAUGAAAACAAACAUUAAACCAGAAAAUCUGUGCAGUUAGCUUGUAAGCAUCACCUUUAUGUACUAUACUAGAGAUAACUGAGAUUAAAAGAAACACAACAGUUUUAGGUACUCUGAAUUAGCACGGUAAGGAUUCGUUAAUUUUGCUCGCCGAUAGGAAAUCACUCUUAAUUGAAUCAAAGAAGAAAAACACACAAAACAAAAAAAAGAGGGUUUCCCUUUUAUCAAAAAUCCACCUGUAAAUAUAUAUGAUAAGUUUUAGAGCAGAGCAAAAUGCUACUUGUGAAAUAUUUUAAACGAAGAACAGAUAGAUGAGGAUGAGCAAACAUUCCUCGCAGCAGCAGAUUCACUUAGAAGCAGAACAUUUGAACAUUCAAACCAUCUCAACUUCGACGUCAGCCAGGUGCAAAGGAAGAAAAAGUUUUCCGAAUACGAGAGAGAAAAGCACGGUCAAUGAAGAAUAAAAAAGCGCGAAACUUUGGCAUGUUUAAUCAUGCAGCAACGAUAAAAGAAAAUAUCAUUAAAAAUAUUCUUUCGACGCUCCAACCCUCCAUAAGGCUGAGUGAAAUUUUCCCCUAAGCAAGCAAAAGUGAGACUUUGCCUUAUACCUACUCUUGGCUGGCACUAUCAAUUUCGCUAAGUUGUUCUCACAGGCUGUGCUUUUCCUCGCUCGGCAUCCGGAAGUAUUAAUGGUUUUAUCUACUAGUUUUACUAACAAGAUAGGUACAGUGUACUUGGCCAGGCCAGAAGGAAACUUUCCACCAGAUUAAAAGUAACAGGCAUUCGGACACAAACAGAAACACACAUUUAUCCAUAAAACUGUACGGGGAAAUCUGUUGAAAGUUUAAACAAAAACUCUAGAUACAAGAUGAAACUCUGUAAGCGAGGGAGUGUGAAAAAAGAACUAUGCGAAAUAAAAAGAUCAACUUUUUUAAUGUAAAUAAUAAAGAAAAUGAAAAGUAACUUGCUUUAA